AUGAGGUGGUACGUGUGCCGUCGCUCCAGGACACUUUGUCUGUCCUUCGCCUUUGCUACAGUCUUCCUCCACCUCCUCUUCCUCCUCGUCUCGUUCUCGGCCCGCCGGCACCCGUGUGACCCUCAGUCCUCAUCGCCCCCCGCUAAGACUGACAUCUUCAGGGGUCCGGCCCACGCCGGUUUCUACUCCACGGGGGUCAGCGGGAUAGCCAAGCCCCCCGUUGACACCGCAGAGAGAGACGUUUCCGACACGGCCGCCGGAGGGGACCCCGAAGAGCCUCCGGCGGCCCGCAAAGCGGACGCCGAGGGCAGGCGGGGAGGUGGCGGACACGCCUCUCUCGACACGGCAGCCGAGGCUGGCCAGUCUGGACACAAGACGCGCGGGCCGACGAAGUUCGAGGCGCUCUUUAGCCACCCUCUGUACAACAUGCCCGUCCCGCCCGUCCCCGAGGAGGACAUGCUGCUGAAGGUCAAGCCACGGCCCAAGACCGGUGACAGGAGCUCCCAAGAAUGGGUGAGUGCCAGCCAGGAGGGCUACGACAACAUCCAGUGGAGCAGCACCACCGACAGCCACCCGCCGUGGUUGCGGUUCCACCUGGGUAUCUCUCGCUGGCAGCUCUAUCCCCACCACGACCCCAACAUGGAGGCCCUGGUCCAGCAGCUGGCCAUGCACCGCAUCGUCAGCGCAGUGCAGAAGAGCGGAGGGACGCAGCUGAAGCUGGUGAUCUCUUUCCCCAACUAUGGACGAGCCAUGCUCAAACCCAUGAAGCAGGAGAGAGAUGAAGAAACCAACUACAACCUCUUCUACUUUUCCGACUUCGAGAGACACAACGCAGAACUCGCCGCCUUCCAUCUGGACAGGAUUCUGGGUUACAGGAGGAUCCCUCCAGUGGUCGGGAGGCUGGUGGAUGUGGUCAAAGAGAUCAAAAACAUAACCACCGACCGCAAACUGGCCAAAACCUUCUUCACCUCUCCUGUGGGGAAUGUAUGCUUCUACGGCCAGUGUUCAUACUACUGUUCUACUGAGCAUGCUAUUUGCGGCCGUCCACACGCCCUGGAGGCCUCCUUGGCGGUGAUGCUGCCAGACCUCGCCUUGGCUUCCCGGAAGUCUUGGAGGUCACCAUGGAGACGCUCCUACAGCCGCAGCAAGCUGGCAAAGUGGGAGACAGAUCACGACUAUUGCUCAACGGUGAAAAAGACUGCACCAUACAACAAGGGUACCAGACUGGUGGACUUCAUAGACAUGGUCAUACUGGACUUCCUUAUGAAUCAACAUAAGCAUGUGAAAUUAAAAAUGAAUAAAGACAAGAAGAGGAAGACUGGGAUGGAGUCCAGACCAAGGGAGGUUUCCCUCACUGGUGCAGAGGUGUUGGAGAUCAUUGCCAAGAAAAAAAGUCUCAGCGAGUUUGAUAUUUUUUACCUUAAAGAGGAGGAUGGUUACACUUACAGACCAUAUGACUUGCGAGUGGUAGAUCCCAGUGAUGCUGGUUCGGAGCACUACAUCUUCUUUCCUACUAGUGUUCUGCAUGUGACAGAGAAAGGCUAUGGGGGCCUUGUGACUCUGGCAGAAUGGCACAGAGAGUCUGUUUUGUGGAGAGCUCUGCGAAAAAUCCCAUUUUUCAGGGAUUACAGAUUACGAAAAGCGUUCACCUGGUGGUGGAGACAUGUACGCAAGAUCACUUUCCAGCGCAAAUGUGGGAAGCUGCAGGGCAUGAUGCUUAUGGCCAUACCUCAGUACAGACAAGCGCUUUUUCUGUUCUCAAGUGUAAUUGAAGAACUUAAAGAGGUCCAUUGGCUGCCACAGGAUGAAUGGAGGACCUACACACUGCAAGAAUUCAAUGAUAUUCUGAUCACCAAGAGCCAGGAGUGUCUUAAAGUGUUUGAGAGAGUGGCGCAGUAUCGCACAGUCAUCCUUGAAGAGGUGCAGAGGGAUAGCUACCAGUUACACGAGGAACUGCUGAUGUAUAUUGAACACUCCAAAAAAACAAAUAAGCGCAGCCAGCCCCUGCACCUUCAUCUGGCCUGCCAGAGGGAUCUGGAAAAAGAGGCCGCCCAGGUGGAGCAUGCCCUGCAGAAGCUGGGCCAUGUGGCUGCCCUCCUCAAUCACAUGACCGUACAAAGCCUUGUCACAAUUGUCCAGCAGGAGGCCACUUCUUUCCUCAACAAGGUUAUAAAGAGGGGGAAAGUUCAACAGGGUUGCCUAUUUCAAGCAGAGCUGAUUUUCAAUGCACAUGGUCAGUUGACCCUCGACCCACCCAUGCACUUCUUCCAGAUAGCAGUGCAAAAGGCGCUGCUUUCUGUUGGUGACUCUACAAUCAAGAUGUCUGACACUUGUGGUUUCUUCUGGGAGACCAAAAAAACUGGGGCGUUCACAACCAUCAUCUCCGGUUCUGCACAGGAGGUGAUGCCUGACCCCAGCCCAGCUGGUUACAGACAACUCCCCGCUGUCUCAGGUGAGCAUGAAGACAAAGACAAUGGGAUUGUUGGUCUUCGAAAGCCUGUCUGCAGGCAGGAUCCCAGAGACCAGUUAACAUUGAGGCCGGUGCUGCCAAGGCUCCCCCCUCUCAUUGUACAGGGCCACAGGCUGCGAGGCUGCUACCGCCCCCUGUCUAAGAAGCAACUUGAGUGGCAUCUCACCAUCAAUGAUGUAUCAAAGGUGGUUGAGAAAGAGCAAGCAAGGAUAAUGCAGGAAGCUGAAGCAGAGGUCCAGCAGCUGUGUGAUGAGUAUGCGUGGUUGGUGGAUGUUAAUUUCUUCACCCGCAAAUGGAGUGCGGCCUCUCUGGAGGCUCUGAAAGGCCAGCCUGCAUUCAUUUAUGAGGAACACAUUAAGAAGUUGCGCCACUGGACUGAAAGGAUUCAAGCAUUUUCUGCCUCAUUCACAACCUCCAACCACCUGUUUGUUAUCUGCUGCACCAGCAUCAAAGAGGAGCUAGGACUACGUCUAAAGUCCACUGAGGAAGACUUGCUGAAACAGCUAGUGCAUCAGAUGAAGCUGCAUUCAAAAGACCUGAUAUCAGACCUGAAGACGGCUAUUGCUGAACUCAAGACAGAGCCCCAAGACCUCGAUGGGUUUGCAAAUUAUGCAGCCAAGGUGAGGCGAUGUGAGAAAAUGCUGGCUAACACGCAGCAACGGAUAGAGUACGUGCGCUCCCUCCAGGGCAUCGCUGGCAUGAGCUGCAGGAAAAUGUCUGAACAGCAGAUGACACUGGACGAACAGAUGGAGAGCUUGUGGGACUGCUAUGUCCCUCUCUUGAAGCAAGCAGACGAGCUCAUGGGCCAGCGUCUUCCCUCAUUGUCAGACAUGUUGGACCACACAUUCUCGUCUUUUGUCUGUGACCUUGACAAAUCGGUGUCAACUGUAACCUCUGGACCAUUCCUUGACCCCACCCAAAAUGCUAGCGAGAUGUGUGCCAUGCUAAACACAGAGUGCAGAAAGGUGCAUUCUGUCAGUUCCCAGCUGAAAGAGCUGAGCAGGACAAGAACACUCCUGAUAGAACAACCACUAGAUCUGAUGGGGGUUGAGACAGCCGUUCGGAAUAUUGAAGCUCGCAAAGAACUAUGGGAACUUAUGACUAUUUGCACAGUUGAGAUAAAAGAAUGGAGGCAUUUGCUGUUCAGCAAGUUUGUGGUGUCACAAGCCCAGGAGAAAGUGGCUGCAUGGCAGCAGCAGGCACUAUCUUUAACAGAAAACAUCCCUGCCCAUAAUGCAGUAUUGCAGGAAAUCCUGAAAACCUUGCAACACUUUACACAUCAACUUUCUGACAUGGCCAGACUGCACAGCCCCGCAUUCAAAGACAAGCACUGGAGAAAACUAUUCAAAGGCGUGGGCCUGCUGUAUGUCCCAGAGAUGACACUAACUGUAGAUGAGCUGAUAUUUAAGUUGCUUGGAGAACACCAGAAAGAAACUGAAAAGAUGGAGAAAUUCCACCCAGUGGAUAAGACAUUCAAAGAAAUAAUUCACACAACCUCAAGUGACCCUCAUGUGUUGAAUAUCGUUGGUCAUAUGAAGACAAAUGAUCAUUUCUAUGGUUAUCACCUUCGAAUGGCUCUUAUUAACGGUCUGUCUACAAUGGAAGCAAUUUUCAACCAGAUGCUUCAUCUCCUUGACGCUCCUCGAGAAAAGUUCCCGAGGCUGUGUUUCCUGAGUGACAGGGAGGUGAUGGAACUGCUUUCUCUGUGCCCCACACCCUACACUCUGCUCCCCAUUACACGCAAAUGUUUUAAAGGGGUAUGUUGGUUUGAAGUGGACUGUAAAAUGCCAAUUUAUAGGACAGAUUUGAGCAGUGGACAGAAUAUCUCUAAUACCCAUGAACAGACAAAAGUCCUGGGGAUCUUUGGCAGCUUCAGGGAGCAUAUACCCUUUUUUUCUCCCCUGGAACCAAAUCUUAAUCCCUUGGUUUGGCUUUGUGAUUUGGAGACGCAAUUACAACAGACCAUGAUGCGACUUGUGAAACAAUGCUCUAUUGCACGAAAACAGCUUAAACCAAUAGACAUAGACUUGGAAUGUAAUGCUAAAGCUGAAGACAUCCAAUUUACAAACAUGAAAGAAGAUGUGCCAACUGUGUUGAAACUAGUCUCCGACUAUCCUCUUCAAUGCUUGUUGAUAGCUGAGGAAGAGAUAUGGUGCAACGAAGUUCUAAGAGUUAACCAGGCUUCAACCCCAGUGACGUGGAUACGCAUGAAGACACAUGUUUCUUCCAAACUGAAGAAAUUGUGCUUUACCAUAAGGAAGGGACUCACAUGUGGCAGCAAAAAAUCCCUGGUAUCUAACCGCACUAAACUGUAUCUACAGGCUUUGGUGCAAAUUACCAUGAAUCAUGCACAGCAGCUCACCAAGCUUAUGGAGGUGAAGUGUGAGCUAGAGUUGUCUUUUGAAUGGCAAAGUUUGAUGAAAUAUCAUAUAACUUAUGAAGUUCAAAAGCCAAAUGCCGUUGAAUGUCCACAAGAGUGCCAAGAUGAUUCACAAUGUUAUGUGGAUGUCCUGGGCUCAUGGAUACCUUAUGGUUAUGAAUACGUUGGUCCUAACCACUUGACAAUGGUGAAUACCCCCUCCACAGACAGGGCAAUCCUGGGGAUUCUCUUUGCGCUGACCAGCUACAGAUGUGGUUUUGUGAGUGGACCUUGCAUGUCUGGAAAAAGCAAAAUCGUUUUUCAAUUAGGAAGAGCUCUCGGACGACAAGUCAUUGCUUUAAAGUGUUGCCUGAGCAUAAGCCCUAAUGUUGUCCAGCAGAUGCUGCUUGGUGCCCUCCAGACUGGAGCAUGGCUAGUAUUGGACUCUGUGGACUCUAUGACACAAGGAGAGCUUUCAUUACUGGGACAACAACUGGCAGACAUUCACCAAUCCUUCACUGUGUUAAUGAGAAAUUCAGAGCAUAGAACAGAUGGAAAGCCAAAGGACUGGGUGAGUGAGGUGGAAAAAAAUGUUAAACAUGCCCAUGACCCAGGAUGUUUAAUGUCAUUCGCAGGGAGGAAUAUUUUUGCCAAACAGAGCUAUGGAUGUGUUAUCAUCUCAUCCAAAAGAUACACCACCGAGGUUCCCGAGAGUCUACGAGCAGCAACCAGAGCCAUUGCUUUGACUUGCCCAAGUUACAGGAUCUUUACAGAAGUAUUGCUGGCUUCCAUUGGUUUUUCAGAGGCUGCGUCUUUAAGUCGACGUCUGGUGUCCCUGCUAAGUAUGGCCCAAGAUUCACUUUGUCUCCCUGAUUUCAUCAAGCAAGACCAGACCACCUGGCUGGGGGUUUUGCAAAAUGUCAUCACAGCCUCUGCUGGACACUUAAAACAAGGCAUUACUGAACAAGAAGUUUCAGAUGAGGGGAAUGUUUCUGCUGAAGAAGGUAAAGCUCAUGAAUUCCCACACAAUUUGCCUGUCAAAUCAUCUAAGACCGAGGUAGAGGGCAAAGAAAAAAAGAAGCACAGCAGUCGAGCUGUUGCCCUCAUAAAAGGAGUAAUGGAAGAGCUAGCAGUUGUAAAGGCACUUUCAUCAAUUUUACUACCUUCUAUUCAUGACAGCAAGAAAGCUUUACAAUUCUGCACUAUUUUCAAAGAAACAUUCCCCAUGGCACACUCUGUUCCUUUUACCCAACAGUGUAUUGAAGAAGAGGAGGAGAAAUGUCUUAAAGAUGCAGUUACAGAAGAGCUACAAAGAACAGGGUUUCAAUCUGAUGCGCAAAUGAUCAGCAGUGUCCUGACACUCUACAGAGCGAUGAGGAUCUCACGAGCAGUUCUUCUCAUGGGCCCCUCAGGUAGCGGAAAGACGACAUGUUACCGUGUUCUAGCUGGGGCACUAAACAGCCUGGCUAGGGCAGUGGAAGAUGUAUUUAAUGAAGAAGAUACAAAUGAAGGCGAUACCCCACUGACAGAUCCCCAAGCACCUGUUUCAACCUGGAGCUCUGUUGACACUGUGAUCUUAUUUCCUAAUUCCAUGUCCCAUGAGGAGAUGUUUGGGGCUUAUUGUGAGGAGAGAGGGUGGUGGGAUGGAGCUUUCACCAAAGCAUUAAGAGGCUCAGAGCGAUGUCAUCUUUCAGCCUCUGCCGUCUCCAGCAACAAGCAGAAGGUGGGUCUGAGAAAAAAGGUUCAGUGGCUGGUGUUGGAUGGGGAGCCACUAAGGCAGGCUGGAUGGUUGGAUUGCUUCAGCACUCUCUGCUGUGCAGAUGAUCCCUCUCUGUGCCUUGCAUCAGGUGAAAGAUUUGUUCCACCUGAGUCAGAGCUAAAGCUACUGGCUGAGAUCACAGACCUCAGCGAUGUGACCCCAUCUACUGUGACCCGUUGUGGCUUUGUGUGUUUUAUUGGGAGUGAUUUGUGGAAGGCAGUCUGGAAAGCUGAAAUGGAGGCUCUAUGUGCAGAACAGGCACUGGAUCAAGAGACCUUAAAGAUGUGGAAACAUCUAGCUCAGGAUCUUUUCUGCAGCACGCUACAUUUGCUCAGGCAAAAUGGGCUAACACCUGCAAUGUACAGUGAUGAAGUAAGAACCAGUGAACAUUAUACAUCUCUACAAGGAGCCCAUGUAGCAGGCACAGAUGUCCAGAUUGCUCAUGAAAUACAGACAAGGAACCUUUUUCUGGUGGCCUAUAUAUGGGGAUUUGGUGGACAUCUGCAUCCCCGCCACUGGCCACAGUUUGACUUGCUAGCCCGCCAAGUGCUAUUCGAUAGCAGGUAUCGAGUUGAGGUUCCAGAUAAAAGGAACGUGUUUGAACACUUUUUCACCCAGGGCGAGGGGACGGUUAAUGACAUUAUCUCAUUCUAUUCUUAUCAUGCACAGUAUGAGAAAUACACUUAUCUAUUGGACUUCAUGUUGGAUGCAAACCAGCCGGUGUUGCUGGUGGGAGAGGCCGGUUCAGGAAAAACUACCCUGUGUGAGUCUUUGUUGAGUCAGAACCGGCAGUACAUCAACCUACCUGCCAGCCCACUCCUAAAGCCCUGUCACCUGCAUAGCGUGCUGGACAACAUAGGCUACCAGAGGACGUGUCGAGGCACCGAGCGUGCUGUGAUCAAGCAGUCGGCGCUGCUUCUAUUUGUGGAUGACUUGCAUGAAGCCCCCUGUGAUCCCCGGGGAAAUGUGUCAGAGGUUCUGGAGACACUACGACAAAGCAUUUCAAAAGGAGGGGCCCUAACCUCUGAUGGCUAUCAUUUCAAGUUAUUCCGUUCUAAAGCCAUCAACUACAUGGCUACCUGCUGCCCAUAUGGGCCAGGUAAUCCCAGAAGCAACGUCAUCUCCUCACGCCUUUUCCGGCUCUUCUCAAUCAUUGUCCUUCCUAGCUUAUGCGUCGAAGUGCUCUUCUCUAUUCACUCCCCUCGACUAAAACUCUGGCUGAGUAACUUCCCAUACCUGCCGCCCCCUGCGGACAUGGCACUCUGUAUCAUAAGUGCAACACAAGAUCUUUAUUGUGCAGUGUUGGAGCAAUUCCAACCAACUUUUCAGAGGCUCCAGUUCAUAUUCUCUCACCAUGACCUGCAGAGGGUAUUCCAGGGAAUGUGUAUGUUGGAACCUAUCGAUCCUAAAAUAAAGUUACCUCAGAGAGAUGCCAACCCUGUAAUUCUUCUCUCCAAGUCUGCAGCUAGCGUCCUUAACAUAGCCCGCCUGUGGAUGCAUGAGUGCCUGCGUACAUUCAGUGAUAGAUUGUGCUCAGAGGAUGAUGCCAAAAUGCUGGUGUCACUGAUAACCAAGGUAUCAGAGGCACAUUAUGGAAGUGUUUUGAUUGAUGAGCCAAAGACUCUCAGCUCAAUACACACAACUGCUAAUACAAUCCCUGUAACGCCUACACUUGCUGCAGAACCAAAGAGCAUCGUUCACUCAACCAGCCAGAUUUCAGGCACACCAGAUAACAGAGAUGAAGACAGAGGGCCUUCGCCUCUACAAUUGACCACUAAUCCUUUGGCAGCAUUUAGAGAAGAGAAGGAUUCUAUCCUGUCUGAUAGACCAGACAGAUCUGAAUGCGGCACAUUAGACUCUGGUUUAUUUUGGGACAGCAAAACUGAAGAUAAUUCAUUUGACGAUAUCACCAUGACUCAAAAGGGACCGAAAUCGUUUGGCCAGUCAGACUGGAAGAGGAGCCACAAGGUGACUGAAUUGACUCUGCAGACUGAAGGCAGAAGCUCAGAUGAGCCUAGCUUACCGAUCCCCCUUCUGCUAUCACAGUGUCUUCAGGACACUGAGAAAAAUAUGGAUAAGAUUGUAUAUGGCCCUGAAUUCUCUGAACCACUCAACCUAGUGGGUCAGCAACCGAAUUUCAGAUGUAACUCUUGCUAUCAGGAGCGAGACUUUGAUCUGCUUGUGCAGCAGCUGUGUACUACAGUGAAAAGGAAAGCGGUGGAUGGAGAGGAGGGGCUUAAUGAUAAUUACAGCAUCAUGUCCAGUUACCUAGUUCACAAGCAGAUGGUCCAUCAUCUGUUGCACAUCAUGAGGGCACUACUCAUUCCUGGAGGUCAUGGAGUCCUUUUUGGUUCAGCCAGAGGCACAGGUCGAAAGACCGACAUUCGUUUGGCGACUUACGUUAUGGGUUGCCACUUGGUGGAGGUGCAUUCCAGUAAUGAGGAAAAGUUGCAUGACAUCCUUAAGGCUGUUCUGAGUUUGGCUGGAGUGAACAGUGGUGAAUAUGUGAUACUAGCCCACGAGAACAUAAGCCAGGCUGUGAGAGAGGAAUUACUGGUAUUGAUGGCCCAUGGGACCUGCCCAGGCCUUUACCAUGAAGGGGAGCUGACAAACCUGGUUCUCAGAAUGAAUGCUGUUCAGACAUCGCGGAGAAGCCACACACAUGACCAGCGGAUGCUUGAAAAGUACUUUGCUAAAUCUCGGAAGAGUGUGCAUGUGUUCCUGCUGAUGCCCUUCAUCACCUCACACAGCAGCCGUUCAUCUGCAGAUCAAACCCAGCACUGGAAGGCACACAUGGCCAAAGCCCUUAGCCUCAGCUGCUGUGUGGAGGUGUACCAUCCUUGGUCUAGCCAGUCUCUAGAGGAAGCUGCUGCUCAUCGCCUCCACGGCAAUCCCUACUUAUAUACUUCAGAUGGCAAAAAGGAACAAGCAGAUCAAGAGUCCAGCGUGUCCCGAGCAAUGGCAGGGAUCCACCAGUCUGCAUGUAGAUAUGCUUCAGUCCUUCUAGAUGCUGAGCCCUUCAGCCCUCAGACCUAUGUGGAGCUCAUCACCCACUUCUCUCACCUUUGUUCCCACCUGCACAAGCACGGACUGGAACCAGCUAACAGAGUUGCAGCUGUAUUGGCAUGUGUGGAGGACCUUACUGAGAUGGCUCUGCAGUACAAACAGGACUUGGUCAGGCUACAAGAGAAACUUGCAGAAACACAGCAGGGCGAGGAGGAGCUUCUCAGAACAGUGGCCGGGGAGAGGGUACUGCUGGAGGGGAUCCGGCAGCGCUGUGUAAGAGAGGAGAGGAAUCUAUGCCAGCUGGAAGAGCAGCUUCAUCAGGCACGACAGCGAAUAAACUUUGAGGAGAGCACUCCAUUUCUGUUAAGCCUCAAGACACUUGAGUAUCUGAGUCCGUCAGACCUCGAGGAGGUACGCCAUUACACAAAACCCCCAGAGGGAGUGGUGAAAAUAAUGGAGGCCGUUUGCCUGCUGUUUGAUCGCCCACACAGCUGGGAAAGCGCUAAACAACUUCUUGCGAAAUCUAACUUCUUCCAGGGGUUUGAGUUCUUUGACCGCCACAGGCUGACUGAUGAUCAACUGCAGCAGCUGGGCCAGAUACUCGACAGUCCCCAUUUCCAGCCAGAAUCAGUGCGAGAGGUGAGCCGGGCCUGCGAGUCUCUGUGCCGCUGGGUGCGGGCCGUCUACCGGUGUGCCUGCAUGGAGCGCCAUUUAGCUCCUCAGGAGACCAGAAAGUGGUGCUUGAAUGAGCUGGCUGCAGAGGUGCGUAGCCACCUGCGAAUGGCCAGGCUGCAGGAGGAGGAGGUGUGCCAGCGUUUAGAGCAGAGGAAGCACCAGCUCCAGUUAGUCAGAAAGGAGGUGGAGGAGCUGCUCAUGGAGCUGCGUAGAGCCGAGAGUCUGGAGAGACAGGCUGCUGCUGCUGUCACUGCAGUGGAGAGCAACAUGGCAGACUGGAAUGCUGCAGCUCAGGAGGCGGAGUUGAAUCAGCAAACCUUACCAGGUGAUGCCCUUAUCCUGGCUGCUAUCAUCUCCUACUUGGGCCCUUUUGGACCUGACAUACGCACAGAGCUUAUUAGCAAGUGGAGGAAGUUGUGUCUGACAGGAACCAUCAGCAUAGACCCUGAGGACCCCAGAACACCCCUAUUCACAGAAACUGACCCCAUAGCCCCUGGUCCCUCCCUCACAAUUCCCAUCCCUGUGACUGAAAAGCUUCAUUUGGCCCUGGCUCGGGCAGUAGGUGUGGACCGGUGGCAGAUUCAGGGGUUAUCUGCCAGGCUGGUGGUGAAACUUAUCCUGUGGGGCUACAUGGGCCCUCAUGCUCAGCACUGGCCUCUGCUGGCCAAUGCCCAGCAUCAUGAAAAGAUCAGCAUUCUGAGCACACUCAUGGGAGAGCGUACCACGUUCGAGGUGCAGGCUGAGUGUGGAAUGGUGAUUUGUGCUGAUGACCCAGAACUGCUCAACAAGUUGGACCAGGCAGCUAAGAAAGGUUGCAGGGUACUGGUGACUCAUGUGGAGUGUGCUGUCCCCAGCCCACAGUUCCUAGCCAUGCUGAUGCGUCACCCUGGAAGUCAUCCUCCAGGGUUCAGCCUCUUCUUCAGCACCCACUUGCCCACUGGACUGCUUGGAAAUGAGAUCCACCCCUCCAUCCUGGCCGAGGUAAGGGUGGUUGAUCUCUCUCUGAGCACAACAGAGAUCCAGGAACUGAUGCUGUCUCAGCUGCUGCAGUCUGUGUGUUCGGAGCUGCUGAUUCAACACAAUCUCCUUAAGAGUGACAAACGGACACUGCAGGCCGAACUGGUCAAAGUGAAGGUGUCUCUGGAGGACCUUGUCCUUCAGUCCUCCACUUUGCUGCUGCAGGACUCUACCUUACUUCCCCGUGUGGCUGCCUGUCAGAAAGCGUCUCAGAAGCUGCAAGAGGAGAUCCAGCAGCUGAAUGUGGAUCUGGAGCAUCAUGAAGCCCUGCUGGCUUCACCACGAAGAGCAGCAGUGCUGGCAGCCUCCUUAUACCAGGCCCUGCAGGAGGUUGCCCGUCUCUCCCCUGUCUACUUCUUCUCCCUGCAUAGCUUCAUUGUGACUGUGCGUGGGGCAUUACCACUGAGGAGUGAGACAGAUGUGUCUCACACCAGUGGACAGGUAACGGAUGAAGUGAUGUCGGAAAUCAUCCAGAGGAUGGUAGACCACCUACUGGCCCAAUACCGGCCUUGUCUUUUCCAGAGCCAUGCCACCCUGCUGAAGCUGCUGGUGUCUGUGGCUCUGCUCCAGCACAACCACCUUUGCUCUGAGGGAGAGAGGGCCGCCUUUCUUAGGGGCCUCCAGGGCCUGGAUCUCCAGCCAAGCAAAGCAGAAUUCUCCUCCUCUUCUUCCACCACCUCACCACAUGACACAUCCCAAAACGCUGUGCCCAGCUGGAUACCUGCUCCCAUCCACCCAGAGCUCCUCUGUCUGGAGAGGAUCCCAGCCUUCAGAGGGCUGAUCACUUCGCUGGCUACCUCCCCCAGACACUGGCAGGAGUACUUGCACUCCCCGUCCUCUACCGUAUUGGAGACUGUUCCUUGUCACUCUCAUUCCCAUUUGUCCUUGCUGCAGCGGGCCCUCCUCUGGAAGACCAUGCUCCCUGACUGCCUAUCAGGAGUAGCUGAGGUCAUGGCCACCUGCCACCUGGGUCUUUCUGGAAGGAUAGCACUGGAUGAAGCCCCUCACACCGGCAACCCCAAAGCCCUCUCCCAGUUCAUUGUCAAACAUGAAGGGCCUGUCAUCCUUACAUUGCCUGAUCCAGGCAAAGAGAAAUGGGCAAGCAUCGAGCCUGUUCAGUUACUGAAACAACUUGCCUGUUGUCAAGAGGACUUGACACAGGUUCAGGUGAAAGUCAUUUCAUUUGGGGCGAGGUGUGAGAUGGAGGUCAUCCACACAGCACUGGAUAAAGCUGUUAAUGAUGGCCAAUGGUUGGUCUUUAACAACUGUCACCUGUUGGAUCACUGGGAUGACAAAAUGGUGCACCGUCUCAAUCAGCUGACGUGCCACAACAAAGGCGGCAGAACAGAUAAAGAGUCCAGUGAGGACCAGGACGUUUCUACAGACGAUACAUGCACAGGCAGCCUUGUUCACCCGUGCUUCCGCCUGUGGUUUAUCACUAGAGAACAAAACCCACACCACAUACCUGCAACUGUGCGAAUAUAUGCCCUGCACCUGGUCUGCGACUCCCCCUGGGAUUUGAAGGAGGCGCUGAGUUGCUCCCUGCGUCAAGUGAUGUCCACGGCUCAGUCUGAUUCACAGUCUGGCGUCACAGGGAGCCCCAAUGAGCUCCUCUUGCGCUGUGCCAUUCUGCACUCUGUCUUAGUACAAAGACACAACUACAAGUACCAAGGCCAGGGGAAUGUCUAUCACUGGACCCAGUUAGACCUCUUGGCUUUGGUGGACGCACACUUCCGCAUCGCUCGUCUCUGUAAGAACAACAUUCAGGCUCUGGAGUACAUAGCAGUGAAUUUGGUGUAUGGCGGCCAUGUUUCAGACUCUGCUGACCUGGAGGUGGUGAAAAGUGUUGCAGGGGUCUGCCUUAAUGAAGGGACCUCCCUCUCGGGCAGUGGGCCACGUGUCCUUGCUAAUAUCAUCAGUGUUCUCGGCCACCUUGAUGCGUCAUAUACAUCAAGGAUGCUGCAUGGCCUGGAGCACCGCGUUCAAGACUUGGCCAACAUCACGGACUCCUUGGUGUUGGGCUUCAGUGCCCAUCUGGCAGCAGAGAUGGUGAAGAUCAAAAGCAAAAACUUAAACGUCCUGCUCCGGGAUUCUCAGUCGCCUCUGCGAAGAGCUGUAACUCCCUAUCAGGAUCAGAACCACAUUGGCAUGCUGCCGGACUACAGCCAGGCCAGAAUCAGACUUGAAGCUCUCAAGAGAAAAUUAGCACACGGGGGUGAUGGUGUGACUGAGAGCGGUCCCCUAUGUGACUUUCUCCUGUCUGAGUGGGAUGGUCUCCGAGGUCUGGUUUCCCUGCUUCUGUCACAGCUCCAGGUGCCCUUUCAGCACAGGCUGUCCUCCCCCUCCUGCCUUUUCAAAGUCGCCAACCUGCCACGCUUGGAGAGGAGAGCAGAGCUGCUCAAAGCUUAUCUUUGGGGCGACGCCCCCAGAGACCCACCUGCUACUUACCAUCUAUCCGCCUUCAGUAACGCCAAAGGCUUUCUGGUGGCUGUAAUGAGAGAGGCUGCCCAAACGAAACAAAGAGAUAUCAGUAAUGUUGCCCUACAUUUCCAGGUCCUGAGUGUUUCUCCACCCCUGCUCUCUUCUACCCCGGGCGGGGUGUAUUUGUGUGGCCUGGAGCUGAGAGGAGCAUUGUGGGAUACACAGCUGGGUGCCCUGCAGGACACUCUGUCUCCCCAGCCAUGCUUACUUCCUCUGCUACACGUCACGGCUGGAGCUAGUAGCACAGACACCGUCCGGCAUCCCCUCCCAUGUGACGCCUCACAGUCGAACAACUCCAACCCUGUCCCAAACUCCAACCCAAAUGCUCCUCCAUCUAAUGCCGCUGGCCUGCCAGUGUUCCACUGUCCUCUCUGUCUGGACGGAGGGGGCGAGAGUGGAGACUGGGGGCUGGGGGACAGUAACGUCAUCACCAGGAUUCCUCUUUUAGCUAAGCUGAAUCCUGUGCUGUGUAGUCUUAGACGGGUGAGGAUAGUCAGCACCCUCUGA